GAGUGAGCCACCCGGCCCGGCCCCAGCCCCAGCCCCAGAGCCCCCCGAGCCCCCUCCGGAGCCCCCGGCCCGGAGCCCCCGGCCCGGGGGGGCAGCAGUGGCGGAGCAGAAGGAGCCAGCGAAGGAGGCAGUGAGCCCGGAGCUGCAGGAGCCCGGCCACGAUGACUGAGUACAAGUUGGUGGUCGUGGGAGCGGGAGGCGUGGGCAAGAGCGCGCUCACCAUCCAGCUCAUUCAGAAUCACUUUGUGGAUGAGUACGACCCCACGAUCGAGGACUCCUACAGGAAGCAGGUGGUCAUCGAUGGGGAGACCUGUCUGCUUGACAUCUUGGACACGGCGGGCCAGGAGGAAUACAGCGCUAUGAGGGACCAGUACAUGCGCACUGGGGAAGGCUUCCUCUGUGUGUUUGCCAUCAACAACACCAAGUCCUUCGAAGACAUUCACCAGUACAGGGAGCAGAUUAAGCGAGUGAAGGACUCCGAUGAUGUGCCCAUGGUGUUGGUGGGAAACAAAUGUGACCUGCCUGCCCGGACAGUGGAGACACGCCAGGCGCAGGAGCUGGCCCGAAGCUAUGGGAUCCCCUACAUUGAGACGUCUGCCAAAACUCGCCAGGGGGUGGAGGAUGCUUUCUACACACUGGUGCGGGAAAUCCGGCAGCACAAACUCCGGAAGCUGAACCCCCCGGAUGAGAGUGGCCCCGGGUGUCUGAACUGCAAGUGUGUGAUCUCCUGACCGUGGGGUUGAGGCUGGGGGUUCGGAGGUGCAGGACCCGAGGGAGGAGCCAAUGGCCAGAGGGACGGACGGAUGGACGAACUGUCCUUUGGAAGGAAGACAGCGGCAGCGGGGUCUCUGUGCUGCGGCUGCUGCUGCUACUAGUGCUGCUGGAAUCCCGGCCCUGCCAGGGAGGGCAGGCCAGGGCGCCUCUGAUCCCCCCGAAGGCUUUUUGCACGGACUGUCUCCAACUCCCCAGCCCCAAACUGCUUCCUCUGCCUUCCCUGCCCCCCUGCCCGGCCCACCGGGCUCAUUUCAGUAAAUUAUUGGAUGGUCUUGA